AUGUUAAGACAAACUAUUGUUGUUAUAUUCUUGGUACUGGCGAUACAGCUCGGCCAAAUUAUUGAAGCACAACAAGCCAACGGUGAUGUAGCCGGUUUACGAGUCAAAAGACAAUGGUGGCCAUACACGCCUUACUACUAUAGACCGAUGUAUGUACGUAAAGCUUUGGUACGGGCUACCCCUUGGGGGCCGCAAAUGGUGGAUCCAAGUGUGCCGUUGUAA